UGCUCUGUAUAUGGUUGUCGCUACCCAUAAACGCAAAGUAGUGAUAGCUAGUUUUCUUCCGUAAAUAUUUAUGAUGGGUUUGGCAGGGCGUGGAAUAAUAAGGAAACUUGUUAUCAGGAAGUUCGUGACAUCGACGCAUGUGUGACAGCUGUCAGAAGUCAGUUGCGAAAUAGUGCGCCGGUGGUGUUGGAAGCAUAUAAAUUGAGAAAUUCACUCAGUAAUCGUCGGCUGCAGAAUAGUCGAAGCAGAACGGAGAACAGUAAAAACAGAUCUGGAGAAACUACAGUUGAUUGUUACAUCGUUAGAGAAGUAAAGUGGAUUAUUUACAAAAUGUAUAAGGUCGCAUUUACGUUCCUGGAAGCGGCGGUCUGGUCAUAAACAUCCUGUUGCGGAGCGAUUAAUCUCAGAUUUGAGGAUAGUAACGAGAAUUUAUGUUGAACGUACAGCUAAUUAAAUGAUGUAAUGGAGACAAAUGAACUGGCAGUCCGAGAUGUUGUUGAUCUGCUUCAUGCAAAAUUUGCCAUUAUAACUGGAGGAAAGUCACGUGAUGGGUGUCCAAUUAUUGUCUUUCCUGAUCUGGGUAAUUUCUGCGGCUUGGGUGAUGAAGAAUACAAGCGCCUUAUUUUGUACCUCACCUCUGUCCCUUCAAUGCAGGAGGCUGAUGUUGGCUUUGUUUUGGUUGUGGAUCGUCGUAAUGACAAAUGGAGUUCCGUGAAGGCCGUCCUUCUGAAAAUCUCAGGCUUUUUCCCUGGCCUAAUACAUGUGGCAUAUGUUUUACGGCCAGUUGGUUUUCUUCAGAAGGCUAUUUUGGAAUUUACCAAUAAACUGUCAAAGGAUGAGUUCAAAUUCAAGGUCAUUGUAUGCAACUGUGUUGAAGAUUUGCAUGAGUACAUUGAUAAAGCACAGUUAACACCUGAUCUUGGAGGAGAAAUCAACUACAACCAUGAGGAAUGGAUACAACAAAGACUUGCUCUGGAAAAGUUCUCAUGCAACACACAAGAAGUAUCAGAUGCUCUGGACAGCUUUACCCAGCGAUUGCAAGACACUGAGUUCCCUAAUGACGUCAGUGCAACACAACAGUUGCUUAAGACGCAGGGUACUGAAUAUGCAGAGCUGAAAGAAGAAAUUCUCCAAGCAGCUCGACAUGGUGAAGAUUUACUAAACGAUAUCCGUCAGUCAUCAUCUGUUUGCAGAGAAGACCAACAAGAAAUGUACAAAAUGUGUCCCCAUCGUUUAGGCAAUGUUACUGCUGUAGAGAGGUUGUUAGUCCAGCUUGAAGAAACAGAAAGAACAUUUGAUGAUUUUUGGCAGAAUCAUUCUGCAAAACUUAGACAGUGUCUAGAACUGCGAAAAUUUGAACAAGACUUUAAGGAGUUACAGGGUAAUUUUGAUAGCCAUCUAAAAACAAUAUGUGAAAUGACUGAGAUUGGUGAAACUGUAGCUAGAGUUGAAAUACUGUUAAAUGAAGCUAGAGGUUUCCAAAAAAUGUGUUUGAUGGAUAUAGAACGAGCAGAAGAACUAAUUACAACAGGACAGCAGCUUCUGUCCAGUCGUCAUUAUUGUCCAUUGGAUUGUGUUCAACCGAAGUGUGAUGAACUUCAGCGUAUGUGUGAUAUUCUUUCAGAAAGAAUUAACUGCCGAUUGGAAACUCUAGUAAAAAAUAAAGAAUUGCAGGAUCGAAUAGAGAAGGCUAAUCGGUGGUGUGCAAAGGGAAUAGACCUUCUGGCAUCACAGCACAUUGAAAAGUGGUCUUCAUCUCCAGAAGUGGCUGAACAGUGCUUAUCAGAAAUUCAGCAGUAUAUUGCAAGUGCAGAAGAGUUCAAGCUUAGCAGUCCGAAAGAGUUUCGGACACUUUUUCAGGAUUCAAUAACACCAGAAACAAAGGCACUUGUCACACAGGUGUUACAUCGAAUAGAUGACGUUACAAUGAUGUGUGAUAAAAGACUGGACAGUCUGAAGCGUAUGAUUCAGAAGCCACCUAGACCUGUCCAGACAGUGAUACCAGAGCCUGGUGUACCAUUACAACCUCCAGGAGGUGCUCCAAACUUAUCUCGUGACCAUCACAAUGUUAACAAGGGAUCAAAAGUGUUUAGGAAAGCCAAUACCAUGCCAAAGAUUGAUAUGCCCUCUGAUUCAUGGCAGAUUCCUGUAAAAUCUUAUGAAUCUAAUGACACAAAUCUGUCUCCUGACAAUGAAGUAAAUCAUGAUCAAGAGACUUUGAAAAUUAAACAAGGCCAUGUCCUAACAGAACUGUUGGAAACAGAAAAGGUGUACGUAUCAGAGCUCGGAUCUAUUAUAAAGGGCUACAAACGUGAAAUGCAAGCAAGUGACAUGCAGUCUAUAAUACCUCAGGCCCUACUGGGGAAAUCAGAUGUGUUGUUUGGUAAUUUAGAGGAACUUUAUUCUUUCCAUGGGGAUGUUUUUCUGAAAGAUUUGGAAAACUGCAUCACAAGCACUGAACUUGUGGCAUUGUGUUUCAUACAGAGGCGUGAUGCCUUUUACCGUCUGUACAGUUACUACUGUCAGAACAUACCACGAUCAGAACAUCUAAGGGAAAUGGUAGGCGAGAAAAACAUAUUUUUCCAGGCUUGUCAGUUGAAGCUUGGCCACAAACUGCCACUCGCAGCGUAUUUAUUGAAGCCUGUUCAGAGGAUAACGAAAUAUCAACUGCUGUUGAAGGACCUAAUACACUACAGUGAAGAUGGCAAAUGUGGUAGAGAACUUCAGGAAGCACUUGAUGGUAUGCUGAUUGUGCUCAAGUGUGUGAAUGACAGUAUGCACCAAAUUGCAAUAACUGGAUUUUGGGGGGAUUUGAGUGACCAAGGAGAGUUACUAAUGCAGGGCUCAUUCUCUGUCUGGACAGAAAGCAAGAAAGACAGGCUACGAGAACUACGCCUCAAACCUAUGCAGAGACACAUCUUCUUAUAUCAGAAGGCUAUGCUUUUCUGUAAAAAGAUUACCAAAGAAGGCCAGAAUAAAGCUGAAUAUCAUUUCAAACGAUAUUUGAAGAUGUCUCAGAUAGGGUUAACAGAGUCUGUGAAAGGUGAUGGCCGUAAAUUUGAAGUUUGGCUGCAGGGGCGGCAGGAAGUUCACACCAUUCAAGCUUUAACCUUAGAACAGAAGGAAGUAUGGGUGAGCAAGAUAAAAAGUGUCCUACUUGAUCAGUUAGCAGAACUGAAGGGCGAAAAGAUCAGGCAGUACUCAAUGGCAGGUGGAAGCAAAAUUAUUCACAGGCCAUUACACCAGACAACAUCAUGGGAUAGCCAUUCAUGUCUUCCAAAAAAUGGAGGUCUAACAUUUGAAGAAUCUCAAAAUAAACGUCCUCAUGUAGUGACUGAAAAUCCUGAAGAAGAAGCUGCAUGGAGCUCAGAGUACAGUAACAGUGAUGAUGAGGAUACUUUCGUAGAGCACACAGAGGGAGGUAGGUAUGUAGCUCUGGCUGAUUACUGUGCAAUGGGGCAUAGUGAAGUCUCCAUGCAUGAAGGUGAUACCGUUGAAUUAUUGAAGGUUGGCUGUGGAGGAUGGUGGUACAUCAGAGUAUCAGCAUCACAACUGGAAGGAUGGGCUCCUUCUGCCUAUUUAGACCCACUAGGUAGAAAAUCUUCCCGAAAUUCUCAGUCUCUUAGUGGUCGAGAGAGUGGAAGAUCAGCAGUAAAUCCUCCAACGGAAUAAUGAUGGAAAUUCUUUUACAUGCAUCUGCUACCACCAUUCCACUUAAAGUUACAGCAGGUUCCUUGUUGCAUUCAUGAAGAAAAUAAGCAAAAGGAUUUAGCUUGCAUGGUGAUUAAGUGUACUUAAAAAUGAAGAAAUUUGUAUCCAAACUUUUUGACAUUUUUGAUGGUUACUAUGAUUUAGUA